ACACGCACACACACAAACAUUUCUACAUUCUACAUUAAUCUAUUUUUCUCUCUGUCUCUCUUUCUCUCUGUCUCUCACAAAAUGUUGUUUCUAAAAUCCUCAGACGGUUUUUUUUUCCCUUAAAAGCUCGGACUACGUUGUCUUAACAGAAUAAUAACAAUUUUCCUCUAUCUUAUCCAAAUAAUUCGAAUUUAUUAUUAAAUUAAAUAAAUAAAGAAAGAAGAAGAAGAAGAAGAAAGAGCCGCACUUUGAUUUUUGUUUUGUUGAGCUUCAUUUCCACUCGAGGAUCGAUAAAGGGCUUGUUGGUAUUGAUGUGAAGCUUCAGGUUAAAAGAGUUUUCAGGAUGGCAACUGGGAGUAGCAUAGAUGAUGGCUUGCAAGGAGCUGAUGGGAAUUUCGAAGAUGGUUUGCAGAGCGAGCUUGAAUUGAUUCUGCAUCAGCAGCGGAAUCAGAAUGUUAUGAAUCGAGAAAGGGUUAUGAAUAUGUAUAGGAGUGGCAGUGCUCCGCCAACAGUUGAGGGGUCGCUAACUGCUGUUGGUAGUCUUUUUGGGAACCCUGAUUUUAGAGAGAUUGGUGGUAGUAUAAGUAAUAAGAUUGGGGGUUUAUCUGAGGAUGAGAUUCGCUCCCAUCCUGCUUAUCUUUCGUAUUAUUAUUCUCAUGAGAAUAUUAACCCGAGACUGCCCCCGCCAUUGAUGUCAAAAGAGGAUUGGCGGAUUGCACAAAGGUUUCAGGCUGGUGGGUCUUCGUUAGGGGGAAUUGGGGACUGGAGGAAGCAGAAGUUGGCCGAUAAUGGUGAUAGUUCAUCGUUGUUUUCAAUGCAGCCAGGUGUGUCUGUGCAACAGGCAGAGAAUGAUCUGAUGGAAUUGAGGAAUGCCAGUCGAAGGAAUCUCUCUAGGCAGUCUUCGUCUCAGUGGCUCAAUAGCAGUCCAGAUAGUUCGGCUGGAUUCUCAAGCACUGGGCUUGGUGCAAGGAGGAAGAGUUUCGCUGACAUUCUUCAGGAAGGACUGGAUCGACCUACUCCCUUGCCUAGAAGCCUGUCACGUCCCACAAGUCGUAAUUCUUUUGGUGAUAUUUUGGACACUAAAGGAAUGGCUGAUCCUCAUCCAGCAGGGGUAAGUAAUGGAGUGGAGUCUAUAGAGGGCUUGCAUUUUGGAGCUGCUCCCAUGGUUGGAGUUAAAAAUCAUAAUACUACAGUUUCUCAUACUUUUGCUCCUGCUGUGGGUUCAUCUUUGUCAAGAAGCAAAACCCCUGAACUGCAAGUUGUUGGGAGGACAGCUUGUCCUGGACUUCCCCCAGUUGGGAGCAGUAGAGUUUCCCCUAUUGAGAAAAAGAAUGUUGUUGGCUUGGCUGUCCAAAAUGAUCGGUCUUCUGGUGUGACUGACCUUACUGAUAUUGUGGCCAAUUUUUCCGGCUUGAACCUCUCAAAAAGUAAAAAUGCAAAUGAAGUUAGUCAUUUGCAGUCUCUACUUCAGCUUGAUUAUGACAAUCAGCCUGAUUUUAUGCUCAACAUGCCCAAUGUUCAUAAUCAGAGUCUGCAGCAGAAACUCACUGACCAGUCUAAUGCUGAAAAGUUUUCUUUGACUAACAACUACAUAGAUUUAGCUAGGAAAAAUGGAAUUGUAACAAACCUUAACAAUUCUGAGAUAAGUUCCGAUGUUAACUUACCCAAACAAACAUCUUCUGCUGCCAGUCUUUACUCAAAUGUCAAUUCUUCAGGAUUUGGAAGUUCAGAAGCAUCAAAUUUUCAUCACCAAAGUACAAAUAUUCCAAGUAUGGACUUUGGUAGCCAUGUUCCUGGUGCUUAUACAGUAAAUGAAAAGUUCAAUUCUGCGAUUAAUGGCCAUAUUGAUGCAGCUUUGACUGCUCCUGGAGAUGGACAAUUAUUGCAUAGACCAAGAAAUCAAGUAGGGCCUGACCUUCAUUCUCCAGCUAUGGACCCACGUUUUAUUCAGUACUUGCAAAGAACUUCUGAUUAUGUGACGCAUGCUGUAGCUAGUCCAAGUGAUCCAUCUCGGGGGAGGAAUUAUUUUGGCACUUCACAUGGAGACUUGGAGGGAGCUCAGCAAGCGUACCUUGAGGCAUUGCUUGCUAAGCAGAAACAACAAUAUGAGUUGUCACAUUUAGGUAAAUCUGGUGGUUUUAAUCAUGGGUACUAUGGGAAUCCAUCAUAUGGUUUUGGCAUGCCAUAUCCAGGAAACCCAAUGGUAAAUGCUGUACUUCCUUCUGUUGGAUCUGGGAGUCCAGGGUUUCAGAAUGAGCAAUUUUCACACUUUACUUCUAUGAUGAGAAGCUCAAUGGGAGGAUCCAUUGGGCCAUGGCUUUCAGAUGGUAAUAUGGAAGGAAGAUUUGCGUCACCCUUACUAUUAGAUGAGUUCAAGACCAACAAGACCAGGUCUUUUGAACUUUCAGACAUUAUUGAUCAUGUGGUUGAGUUCAGUACGGAUCAGUAUGGAAGUCGCUUUAUUCAGCAGAAAUUAGAAACAGCCACAGCAGAAGAAAAGGCCAAGAUUUUUCCUGAGAUCACUCCUCAUGCUCGUAUCUUGAUGACCGAUGUCUUUGGGAAUUAUGUCAUACAAAAGUUUUUUGAGCAUGGCUUGGAAAGCCAAAGAAAGGAGUUAGCGAGCCAACUGACUGGUCAUGUUUUGACCCUUAGUCUCCAAAUGUAUGGUUGCAGAGUGAUUCAGAAGGCCUUGGAGGUGGUUGGUGUAGAUCAGCAGACACAAAUGGUGGCAGAGCUUGAUGGUUCAAUCAUGAAAUGUGUUCGUGAUCAAAAUGGUAAUCAUGUUAUUCAAAAGUGCAUAGAGUGCGUCCCUCAAGAUCGAAUUCAGUUUAUCAUCUCAGCCUUCUAUGGGCAAGUUGUGGCACUUUCCACCCACCCUUAUGGUUGCCGCGUUAUUCAGAGGGUCUUGGAACAUUGCAAUGAUCCUAACACUCAACAGAUUAUCAUGGAUGAAAUCAUGCAAUCUGUAUGUAUUCUUGCACAAGAUCAAUAUGGGAACUAUGUUAUUCAGCAUGUCCUUGAACAUGGUAAACCACAUGAACGGUCUGCUAUUAUUAGCAAGCUUGCAGGACAGAUUGUAAAGAUGAGUCAGCAGAAAUUUGCUUCUAAUGUGGUGGAGAAGUGCUUGACUUUUGGUGGUCCUGAUGAGCGUCAACUUUUGGUGAAUGAGAUGCUUGGUUCCACUGAUGAAAAUGAACCCUUGCAGAUCAUGAUGAAGGACCCAUUUGGAAACUAUGUUGUACAAAAGGUUCUUGAGACUUGUGAUGACCAGAGUCUUGAGUUGAUUCUUUCACGCAUCAAGGUUCACUUGAAUGCCUUGAAGAGGUAUACCUAUGGUAAACAUAUAGUUUCUCGUGUUGAGAAGCUCAUCACAACUGGAGAAAGGCGAAUAGGGUUGUCAACCUCUUUCUCUUCCCCAUCCUCUUCCUGAGGAAUCACAACUCCAGACAAGGCAUUUUUCCUCUGCCACCACCAAAGACACUUUGUACAGCUAACCUGGAUGGUGAUUUUAUCAAGCCAUCAUCUGGAGUCUUUAUUUUCUACUGAGACUUUAGCAGUUGUAAAUAAACACGAAAUAGCAGGCCCACUGGAAUAAGAAAAUUUUUCUACACCAUUGACUGCAAGCUCCAAAGAGGUCAUUCUAGGAAGUCAAGAUACAGGAGACGGCAUGUUAUAGUUGCCUAGUCUUUUUGGGAUUACAUGCACAAAGAAAGGUUCAUAGUUUGUAAAGAAAAAUUAAUUGUAAAUGAUAAAGGGCAAUGUUAAAGAGAGAGAGUACUGGAGUCCAUAUUAGGUUGAGUCUGACAUUGGGAACUUGCACAUAUAUAUGUAUAUAUACUGACUGCUAUUUUCUUGAGGCAUAUAUUUUUGCUUUCCUCGGCCUGUAAUGCUUCUAGUGGUCAGAAUUGAAUAAAAUCGUUGAACUUGUGCUGGUGUUGAUA